UAUUGUUACAUACAUACGCUUGUCUUUGUAAAACAAUUUUUUUCUGAUUCAUUACAUACCUUAGUUAUUAGUGGUUAAUGUAUAGAACUUUUUAUACAAAUAAAUAAAUAACUACAUUAUUUUGUGUUUAUAGGUACUAUUUGUGAUUGCUAUACUUGCCCUCAAUGUGGUAAAGUUUACAAAUAUCAAAGUAGUCUGAGCUUGCACUUGAAAUUUAGGUGUGGCGUUGAACCAAAAUUUAAAUGUCAAGAUUGUAUGAAAAGAUUUGCUUUAAAACAUCAUUGGAGAAGACAUAUGAUUUCAAUAAUAUGUUUAACGGGCAUGAUUAUAUAUGUAAAAAGUGUGGCAAGAUGUAUAUGCAUAGAGGGAGUCUUCAAAGACAUUCAAAAUUUGAAUGUGGAAUAACUCCAAAAUUUGGCUGUGGCUUUUGUGGAAGGAAAUUUUCUCAAAGAUCUAACUUAAGCAGGCACAUGGCCGAUAUACAUAGGAAUUCUUUCAAAGAAUUUAACAAUAAGCGUUUGGUAUUUUGCAUUAUUUUCUAUAAAAAUUAUCUCAUAAUAUUGCAUUAUAUGAAUGUUAGUAUUUGUUGUAUUGUAUCUACAGGAAUCCAGAGAUGAAGGUGAUUUAAUAUUGCAAGUCAGUAACCAAAACACCAUGUAAAAUACAUAAACCUCAGUUAUUAAACUUAACUUAGUUUUUAUUAUUUUAUUUUAUUUACCAUCUUAUUAUUUGCCAAAAAUUAUUUUUACA